CAUACAGCUUCCCGCUUCGCGCCGAGGUCGAAUCCUGCAACAACGCCCGCCUCGCCGAACUCGAAGGGGCGACGCAGACCUACAAGGCCGUGGACGCCGUCGGCUGGGACGCCUCCAAUCAGCGCCUCACCGCCGCCGACGCCGAGCCCCUCCUCGAGCGCCUCAUCGCCCCCGCGGACGUCUCCCUCAAGAUCGGCGCGCAGGUCAUGCUCAUCCAGAACGUCAUCCAGGGCGUCCUCGUCAACGGCUCCGUCGGCCGCGUCGAGGAGUUCUGCACCGUGCACGAGGCGAUCGAGCGCGCCAUCGACGUCGCGCAGAUCAAGAUGCGCGACGGGCACCCCUACGGGUCCGCGGACCCCGACAGCAAGGGCGAGUACCAUAUUCGGAGGGAGCCGAUUGCCAAUAUGCGGCCGAUGAAUGAGGCGGUGUUUUCGAAGAGUCAGCGCUUCCCGCUGGUGCGGUUUACGAAUGGGAGCCAGCUGUUGUGCGCGCCGUUGAUGUUUACGGUGGAGGGGAUCAUGGGGAAUGUGGAGGUGUCGAGGAUGCAGGUGCCGCUCAUACUCGCUUGGGCGCUGUCGGUGCACAAGUCGCAGGGUCAGACCUUGCAGCGUGUCAAGGUCGACCUGGGCAGGACGUUUGAGAAGGGACAAGGUAUGUCUGACCCUUUCUCGUCUGGAAUGACGGCUGAUCUGUAUUGUAGCUUACGUCGCCGUCUCUCGAGCGACGUCUAUGGAGGGUCUCGAGAUCGUAAAUUUCCAGCCAUCGAAGUACGUCCCUUAUCGUAUCGCUGAAGCCAAUAUUGACAGCCUCGCAGAGUCCUGGCGCACCCCCGCGU